GGGUGAGCAUCCUCUGCUUAGUACUGUGAACAACAACAGGGGGCGCACCUACGCUCUCCCCCAUUUUAUUGUUGUCAUCGAAUAAAUUCGUGUUAAUACGCAUCGAAAGUAAUUAUGUGCCAAGUAAUAAUUACGGAAGAACACUAAUAUCGUAUAACCAUGGAUCAUUUCUUGAGUGGGUUGGAGCAUGGCGCCAACACCUGGUAUGCUGCGGCUACUCCCCGUGCUGCAGCUCUGCAUGCAGCACAGAGCCAUGAAUUUGCUGUUGGGCCCAAUUCUUUCCAAAUCAUCCCUAUCAGUGGGAGUGGUGGCAUGGUUGCUGCGGGCGUCACCAAUGCAAGCUUGUCAGCAACCACCACCCCAGCGACGCACACGAUCGUGUCGGCUUCCUCCUUGGCACAAACUGUACCUACGACGACCAUAAUUUCCCACACCACCAACUCUCAGCAGCAGCAUCAGCAGCAGGUGGCACAGCAACAAGCUGCUGCUCAACAGCAGGCUGCUGCCCAGCAACAGCAACAACAAGCCCAGCAACAGCAACAGGCUCAGCAACAAGCACAACAGCAGCAGCAAGCCCAGCAACAAGCUGCUGCUGCGGCUGCAGCAGCAGCAGCUGCUGCUGUCGCACAUCAGCACGGCGCUGCUCUUAUGAUGCCGACGUCAUCAGCCUCCGUUUCAGCAUCAUCGUCUCCCUCUGUUAUCGACCUGCAGACAACCUUCAGGGCUGUUGUCCCCCAGUCUUCUGCAGUUGCUGCCGCGGCUGCAGCAGCUGCUGCUGUUGCAGCUCAGCAACAGCAGGUUCAACAACAACAGGUCCAACAACAACAACAGCAAGUUCAGCACCAGCCUGCACGACUACUUAAGGAGGUUAAACAGGAACAAGACAACAUGUUGGAUGGUGAUCAACCGCCCUCGCCCUCAGGAGGCAUACCCAUGGGACCUCCACGCAAGACACUAUCAGCUGGCACGAUAAUUUCAGCUAACGUUGCUGGAGGACUUGUGGCUCAACAGAACUCGGCUGCUGUUGUGGCGGCUGCUGCAGCGCGAGCCAUCGGCGGAGGCUCUGUAGCCUCCACCACCACCGCCGCUGCCGCCGCUCGCGCCAAAAACGGUGAGAGCUGGGACUCAAAGAAGGUGUGUAACCUGUGCGGCAAAGUCUUGUCACGCGGGGAUAAGCUCAAGAUCCACAUGCGCAUCCACACGAACAACUUCCCGUACCACUGCAGCACGUGCGGCCAAGGCUUCCUACGCAAUGAGGGACUGGUGGUUCACACGCGAAUCCAUACGGGCGAGCGGCCAUACGUUUGUGUUGUGUGUGGCAAAGCUUACACACGCAAAGACAAACUCACGCGCCAUUCCCUUAUCCACACAGGGGAGCGUCCCUUUGUUUGCCAGCAUUGCGGCAAAGUUCUUAGCAGGGAGGAUAAACUAAAGAACCAUAUGAGGAUCCAUACAAACAACUUCCCUUUUCGGUGUGAGACCUGUGGAAAAGGUUUCCUCCGCAAUGAGGGCCUUGUGGUCCACACACGCAUCCACACUGGUGAGAGGCCAUUCCAGUGCGUUGUGUGUGGUAAAGCCUAUACCCGCAAGGAUAAACUCACACGCCACGCAUUUGUUCACACUGGGGAACGUCCGUUCGUGUGUGUAGUCUGUGGCAAGGGAUUCACGAGUAAAGAAAAACUCACGCGCCAUUCCCUUAUCCACACAGGGGAGCGUCCCUUUGUUUGCCAGCAUUGCGGCAAAGUUCUUAGCAGGGAGGAUAAACUAAAGAACCAUAUGAGGAUCCAUACAAACAACUUCCCUUUUCGGUGUGAGACCUGUGGAAAAGGUUUCCUCCGCAAUGAGGGCCUUGUGGUCCACACACGCAUCCACACUGGUGAGAGGCCAUUCCAGUGCGUUGUGUGUGGUAAAGCCUAUACCCGCAAGGAUAAACUCACACGCCACGCAUUUGUUCACACUGGUGAGAGGCCACACGUCUGUCAACACUGUGGCAAAAGUUUCAUUUGGAAAGAUAAGAUGCAGCGUCACGAGCUCAUUCACAAGAUAGAAAAACCGUAUACAUGCGUCCCUUGCAAUCUCGAAUUUCCCCGCCAAGAAGAUUUUAACGGGCACAUGGAAAGAAAACACCCUGAACGCCUUCCAUACACGUUGGUUCAGCAGCCUCCUACGACUGCCCCUUCCCCCUCUUAUAUUCCUCAACGCUUAACCAUCACACCUCCAACAUGUUCUACUCCACAGUCUUUGCCUCACAGCUCACAGUCUCUUGGUAUCUCGAGCGCUGCUAUUUCAGCAGUACACGCUAACGACCAUGGCACAAACGGCGCAGCUUUGCUCUCUCAAGGCACUAUCAUCACCCCAGGCACGAGUCUAGCAAUAUCUUCGAAAACACUAGCGUCUAUUACGAGUCGCCUGCCGACAUCAUCGUUAUUGUCGCUGCAUCACUGACAGGACCCACACACCUCUCAUCCCAUUGUAUCAAGCACCCCAAUAUCUUCCGCUGGGCUUGCGAUCGCUUCAUCAGUUGCUUCUUCUGCCCUCGGCGCUGCUGUAGCCGUGGUUACGUCAAACAAUAACGUUGCGAUCAUCGAGCAUGACUCCGCCAACCGGUUGACUGUGCACGCUUCGACUGUUGCUUCUCAUCACGACCAUACCAGCAUCAUCGUUCCGCAUAGCUCAGCUAUUGUACUCGGCACUCCAAAUUCAGAUAACUGCGUGGCCAAUUCCAACGUUACUCUCACCAUUCCCAUCACUGGGACUCACUACUGAACCUCGCAGAGUCUUUGAUCAUUAGAAAAUUUCUUUUUUAUCUCAACGACGUAAUGGCUGUUACGAAACAAAAAACGAAGUCACUGAGAACAGUGCGAGCGCUGAUACCCGAGUAGCGUAAUGUCAUUUCAAUUCUCACAAUUGAUGGCAGAAUUAAUUUUUGUCGAGGUGGUAGUGGUGUAGUUAUCUCCUGGUGGUAGUGAUGCUUGCUUCUCUUUCAUGACUGUGCGAGUGCCAGAAAAACGAACAGAAGCCGUGCAAUUUAACCCUGCUUAUGUCUGUGAAGAACUUCGGUGGUUACUCCCUUUAUCGAGUGGUUUAUGUAAUGACUCAUUUUGUAAUUAUUCUGAACAUCUGCAAUGUAGUGUGGUAGUUCUAUGGUAGGUUGUAGUGAAAGUUUUGUCCAUAAGCGUGCAGGUUCUCCCUCGUGAUACCUAAAUAGGUAUGGGAUGAGCUUUUCUAUUGUCUCAAUGAGUUUAACGAUAUUUAAAAAAAAUCUCCUUAUCGAUCCUCAUUUCUUCAAAUCAUGUUUUGGGCAAGCAAAUACAGUGAUUUAGUCUACCAUAAUGAUUAUCAUGUAUCUUGGAUGAGAAUCUACUAUCGAUGGAAUUAUUUGCAAACCCAUGCAAAGUAAUUCAAUGUACAGGAUAACAAGAUUUAUUUUUAUGCUUUCACAAAAUACAUCAUUCAAUUAAAUAGAAUAGAAGUCCCCUAUCAGAUGAUCCUUGGUUUGUAGAUCAUGAACCAUAGAAAAGUCUUUUCAUGCUAAAAAUUACUUUGGAAUGAAAGUUAUAAAAUUAAUUAAUUCGCGCAUUCAUAUGGUUGAAACCUACGCCCAUAUUCACCAGGUCUUUCCUAGUAAAUUUUAUAGUGGUACUGAGUAAUUUUGUAGAAUUACUUCAAAUUCUAAGAUCUGUAAUGACCAUUGAUAGGUACAGUGGCGUCAGAAAUUUUUCGACUCAAUUGAAAAUGACGUAUGUAAAUAAGUUGUGAAGCUACUAUAACCCGCCAUAGCGAGUUUUUAAUCAAUCUAAUUAGAAUACUGUAGAAUUUCUAGCUAUUUUGAACGUUCGAAUACUCGUUUCUUGUACAUACAUGGAUGUAGUGAGACGCCGAGCGUUUGUUGCAACAUCGGCAAGUAGUAUUACCGUUUCCCGUAGUCUAUAAUACCCUCAUGACGUUAUCUCAUUUAUGCUUAAUUGUGAUCAUAUUUCGCUUACGCGGAGAGGAGGGCCGGAUCGUAAUUUUACCAAGAUUGUGUGCAUUAAAGUUCAGUAUGUAAUCCGUGCAUGUGGCAAUUCAGGUGUGUGGCCGCUAGCGAAAUGUGUAACGUAACCUCAUCACCUGUAAUGAAUAUCAGAGUGGUGGGACCUUCAAUGCAAUUCAGCCUGCAAAAUAACUCAUUAACGAUGCGUUCAAGGUCCUAUUAUACGCAUAAACAAUUGUGAUAGAAAUAGUCAAUGGAGUCUACCAUUAGUGUUGUGACGCACAACGGAUAACCUGCACCCUUUGAUGGUUCAUCUUUCAAAUAUACCUUGCCUGGUAUUUACUCGGAUUAUUUUAGGUUUCUCUGCAGCUUUGUAAAGUUCCUUCUGAUUGAAGCGCAAGGUGUGCAAUUAAUUUGAAAAAAAAAUCGGCAUCAGUAAAGCCGCUGCUCACCGGCGGCAGGCAGGUGUGCAAGUGAGCAGAUUGUAUUUACGAACGUAGGCGUGAUAUGUUUUGAACCGUGUAUAUAUUGCUAGUUACUCAAACCUAUUAUUUUCAAUUAAAUGGAGCUUAAGUAGACCAGCAUAACCUACCAUACGUGUGUAGGAGACGUCUGUUGGGGCUUCACUCGAGCGAUGAUCAUGUCGGAGUAUUGCAUGUUGCGAACGAACGAUGCAAUAUUAUUAGAAUCUAUACACCAGUUGAACCAUAUAUACACCAGUUGAACCUUUGCUUAAUGGCCAAAAAAAACUUAUCGAAAAGACUUCAACAGGCACCCUGACAACUGCCUUAAUUUCUAGAAAGUGAAGCAACGGUAUUUCAGUGCCUACAAAUCGUCAUUUUCCUUGCAUUAAAAAUAUUUUGCGGUUUAACUGAAAGGUUAUGAUUUCCUUAUUUUAUUGCAAUAUUUCCUCAAAAUAUUGGCAAGAGUAUUCCAGUCUAAAGUGGUGUGCAUGAACUACAAUUCAUGCGAGUUAAGAUCAGACUUCGAAUUAGUGUUCCUUUAGUUCUAAUAGAAUUUUUCGUUAAUUCGCACAGUUCCUAUGUUUGGUUCUCUAUUAAACCGUACGAGCUGUAGGAGUUUCAUAAACUUACCUGGUUGGCAUUGCAUUCGUUAGUUCCUCACCGAAGUUACUGUUAGGGUAAAGACACUAUGAUUAUAAAUAUUGUUGUAUAGGUAGCUAUUUUGCAUUACAUUUCUUUUCUCACGUCGGUAGUAAGAAUAGGUUAUAACUUCCAUGCUGCCAAUACCAUUGCAUCAAUUGAACUUUUUCCACCAUGUGAAAUGCCCUUGCCAUUAACUUUUCGUGGAUUUAACAAUCUCCUGUUGAUUCACAAGUGUACCAUCAUUCUUGAAUGUCUGCAUGACUAAUCGUAGAAGGAAUAGAUCCAAUUGUUUCAGUGUACGUUGUUGGUGAUAUCGAUAAAUAAAAUAUUUUGUAUUCAGUUGCUUGCAAUCUUAAGAGGAUAUUCCCUCCAAUUAAUUUCUUUGUAAAGUAUGCAAAAUUUGGUUUAAGUUAUCGACAAUUCAGCUAUUGUGAACUUAGUGAGUCUUACAGUGAAAACUGGCGAAGAUUUUAAAUAUAAUCCAUUGAAACUCCGA